AUUGGCGCUUUGCGCUUGUUGUGUUGUGGUUUUCAGGUUGUCAAAUGUGGAUUAUAAAAAAGAUUUUCGGGUUAGUUUCAAAGAGCAUCAUACUUUUACAGAAAGUUAGUUUUCUUCCAAAACGUAAAAUUCUCAUUGAUUAAUAUUUUCAUUAAAAAAGAAAUAAUUGAAAGUUAUUACGUUUUAUGUUUCAUCAAAUCUUUUUAUAUUUUGGAAACGAUCGAUAACGGUGAUUCUCUACCAAAAUGUCGGGAAAAGUGUAUACUAUGAAAGAAAUGAAAAAUAUAGUCACCUAUUUAAUUGAACAUCAAGCUUAUGGCGAAAUUAGAGGAAGAAAAAUGUGGGUAGAUUAUGCAAACUCUAAUGCUACCACCAGGACCUGGCAGAGUUUAAAGGAAACAUUUUUAAAACGCAUACUACCAGAUAUCCACAAUCCUUACUACAAUCUGAGCAGAGAACAAAUAAUUAGUUUCAGACAGGGAUAUGAUGUUGAACAAAGAGAUAAAAUUAAAUUAGAAUUCCAGCCUGUUGGUGAUAACUCCAAAAGUGACACUGAAAGCAAUAAAGAUAAUGAUCUGCAAAUUGUAACCAGCAGUGAUGAAGCAAUCAAUCAAGGUGAGAAUGACAAAACUUCCAAUGUAACAUCAAAAGAUGUUACUGUACCAGAAACUUGUUACAAAACUGUUGAUGACCUUCGAAGGGAUUUGGAGUCACCCAGGAUUGAUGAACAGAAGAGAUCAAAGCAUUCAAAGUUGGAGGAACUUCCAUCACCAAUACAAAAUGCUUUAAAGGAUUUUGAAAGUGAUAUUGAAGAUGUACAAGAUGGCAAUAAAAAAAGUUCUACUACAGAAGGUCAAGAUGUAUCAGAUGUUAAUCCAGUAAAAAAUACAGAUAAAUGUAAGCCAGAUUCUGUUAAUGGACUUCAAGAUAAAAAUACGAAUACACUUGAAGCUACAUCAGAAAAAGAAAAAAAGUCAGAAAACACAACAGAAAUGAAAGAUACAGAUAAUACUAAUAAAAAUCUAACUGGUGAAGUCAUUGCAGUAGAGUCCGAAAAUAAGAAUUCAGUUGAAAAGGAAACAUCUCAUGACAUUUUGGAAAUAUCUUCAACAAACAAUAAAGAUAGUGACACAACAAUUAAUAAAAGUAGUGAAAACCAGGAAACUGUAAUUACAUCUAUGACCAGUAGUGUUCAACCAUUGACAAAUUCAGAUACUAUUUUGCCUAACAAUCAAGAAGGUUUGAAUGUUCAAACCAAAAACAAUAAUGGAGUUAACAAUGAGGUGGAUACUAAGAACAGCAACAAUAAGGUGUUAAGAAAAAGAAGCAGCUCUGCCGAAACUGUAUUAAUUGAUAACAAAAGACAGAAAACAGACUCAAUUACAAACACAUCUGAUAAGAAUUGUGCACCUGGUGAAAAUGAAAGCGAACCUGAAAUAUUUGAUGUUAAUGAUUCAGAUAAUGAGAAUGUUACACAUAUUCAGACAUAUGAGAAAGAAACAAAUAAUGAAAAUUCAAGAAAAAGUGAUAAUGAAGUACAACCAACUCAAAAUCCAUGUUUGAAUAGCGUCAGUUUAUUUGCAGAACGAUUCAACAAAACCAAAUAUUCAGAUUCAGCUUCUGAUGAUAAUUUAGCCAAAAACAGGGAUCCAAAACCAUCAGGAUCAAAGGAGGUCAAAAAUGACAAUAGACAAGAAGACAAAGAUGAUGUAGUUGUGUUAAAAUCUCAUUCAGAAUCUGAAAGCGGAGAGGAAUCCCCAGGAGUAAGGCGCCGGAUAUCUAACCGCAUGGCUCAAGCAAAGAGGAAAAAAGCCUUGGCAAAUGUUUUUGGACUUUCCAGUGGUGCAGUUUCAUCAAGGCGGAACGGGAAAUCAAGUCAAAAUCAAAUGCGCCGGCCACAUAAUGUUCCUCAAGUAAAGGAUGAAACAGUGUCUGACUCAAGCGAGUGGACAACAGACACAGAGCAAGACAACUAUAUCUCACCGCCGCGCGGGCGAAAGAAUAGGAUGACCAAGAAAUAUUUGAAACCGAAGUCUACUCGAAUAUUAUCCCUAGAAGAGGAAGGCGGCUUGUUCGUCAUGUAUGGCAAAAGGAUAUACCCACUCGUGAAAGAUGGCAGGAUUGUAAAGAACUAUGUCAUCUAUGAAUCUAACAGUGAUUCAGGAUUUGAACAAGACUCAUAUUGGAAAGCUAAAUAUGCUGAGUUGAGGAAAAAAUAUGAGGAGCGCAAAAAAAGCAGAGAACCAUCGGAAAGAUUACGAGAGAAGAGACCGCGAUCUGUUUCCAGAGAGCCGUGUUCACCUAUACUCCAGUCAAGUAUACGCAAAAACCCGCCACCCGCACAAAGUCACGAUAUCCAUGCACCUUCAACCAGCAAAACACACCCAGCCAUUGAACAUAAAGAAGCUGUAACAGAACAUCCCGUUGAAAAUAAAGUGUCAUCAGAAAAAAUAAUGAUUAAAUACACCAUAAAUAAUGCAGAAGUACAACUGGAAGGUCAUUGGCCACAAAUUUGUCCAAUAUUCGAUAAAGUACUCGACAUACUGCCAAAGAAGAUGGAACCACAGAAUGAAGUAACUGUAAAGAAUAGCAAUAACUCGGAGGUGCAUGAACAGCCGAAUGUGAUCAGCAGUGGCCAAUCCACGCCUGUCAUCGUAACUGGUGAUCCUGUUGUCCAAGAAAAAAUAGAUAAAUUAGAGAGUGAAAUAUUCAAAGAAAUUGAAGAAAAAGAUAAAGAAGAACAAAUUGAAAAUGAGAAACAGGCUAACACAGACUAUGUUAAUGUCACUAACAGAAAAAGAGGCAGACCAUCCAAGCAAUCUACGUCACCGGGGUCACCCAAUAAACAGCCAAAACCAUCUCCGUCAAAGAAGGAUACAUCUACACAAUAUUUACCAAACACAGUGGAGGUCAAUAAAAAACAAAGUGAUGUGAAAAAAAGCCCAGAAGUAACGGCUCGACGUACUAGGCGGUCCAUGAAGGCAGCACUUGACGCAAAAGAUGAGUCUAAACCAACCCGUGGGACAUCGAAACAAAAUACCAUAACACAGGAAACUACGGAGGAACAAGUUCGGUAUAAAUUCCCGCAAAACAUGCCACAGACAACUAACAAUAAAAUACAAAGACCGAGAAGCUUUGCCGAUCGAAUAGUCUAUCAAGAUGAUGAUUCCCUUAUUGUAUCAGAGAGCACACAAGGUUAUCAAGACUCUGAUAUAAGCCCAGUAAAAAUGAAAAAGAAUAGAAAAUCAAAACGAUCGACAAUUGCUCAUAGAAACAAAUUACAAAGCAAACGCUAUCAAAGAAGAACAUACCCUUAUUUGAUACAAGACGCAUCCACAGAUUCCACAAUGACCUCAUUUUCUGGUAGCUUAAAAAGUAAAAUAUCUCAAAGUUCUAGCGACAUUUAUAAGUCCGAUUCAUAUCAACACUUAUUUCCACGUAGUAGGUUAUCUUUUAAUCGUCUAGAACCAAUUAGUGAGAAGAGUCCAACUGUCAAUGAAGUUGAAAUGAGACCCGUUGAGAAUGUCUGCAGAAACCAAAUAUAUACUGAUUCAAUGGACAGUGACUUUUUAACAAACGACAAUAUUGGAGUAGGUAGCUCCAGCAGUGUUUCUUUGCCUCUGUCGCCAGAGUUAUCGAUUGUUGAAGAUAUAACGAUGGGAAAAGAACUGCUUAACAGUAUUAAAGAUUAUCAUAGUAUGAAAGAUGCUCAAGCAAAUGAAGUUAUUAUGGCCGAAGAGCAAAACAAAUUUUUGAUAAGCGAAGUAGAUAUAACGAUACCUCUGAUGGAACAAAAAUGUGUACUUCAAAGGAAUAAUGUCGAUCUUGUCCUAAAGAAUUCAAAUACCAUGAAUCGAAAACAGAAAACAUCAGUGUCCGAGUCCCUGUUAAAUAAAAUUGGCACAGUUCAUAUCAACGACAAUUCCUCUGUUUCUGAUUCGCUAGAUGUACAACUACGUAAUUUACUUCUAGAAAGCGCGAAAAAAAUGAGUAAGACUUCAGAAAGUAAAGAAAAUAAUAUGGAAGUAGAUGAAAAUGUCACAAACACCAUGCAAAAGCCAAAAGCGAAAAGGCGUUGUUCGACGCCCCGUAAAAAGAAAGAAACUGUAAAAUCGAAGUUACCGACCAAAACCACAAUUGAGGAACACUUGGAAACUUGUUCAUAUCGCGGCAGGAAAUCUUGCCCUCCUUCGACACAGAUUCAAAAUGAAAAUUCUAUUAAUAUGAAUGAAAUAAAUGAAGACGUUAAAAAUAAACAAAAAGGAAGAAAGAAAAGGGAUAUCAUUAAAGUAAAAAUUCUUAGACCCAGGAAGAAAAGUGUUUCGAAAGAAGGUAGCGGAGAACUAACUCAAAAGGCGAGUAAACUGUCAAUAUGUACUGACAGCGGCAUAAACGGCACAGAAUCUGGAAUAUCGUUUCCAAUUUCCAACGACACUGUGGAACUAAUACACAAUCAUUCAGAAACUUGCCUCCAUGCUAACGAAUGUUUGGAGAAUAGUGUGGAAUUUGUGGAUGCCUCAACUACUUUAAUAUCAGUUAAUAGUAAUUCUCUGACCACUGAGUGGCAAGAUAGCAGAAAUUUUAAGGAUGUGGAUGAUAUGUCUCUCUGUUCAUUAAAUAACAAUGUGAAAGGUGCUCUUCCCUGCAAUAAUGUGGAGUGUAUUCAAACCUACACCAGUGGAAAUAACAAUGAAGCAAUUUUCAAAAGUCCUGCUCAUGAUGAAAUUUUAAACAGUAGUCUUAUCACUGAGGAUUUGUCUGACGAGGCGCCUGCGCAGCCAAGAGUACCGGCGCUUCCUUCACGGUGGUAUCUGCUUAGCGAAGAGGAAACCACUAACACUAACAUUGUCUCACCUCCAAAUUCCAAUACGGGUGGUUGUGGAGCGAAUUUGAAUGAGAUAUUUCCCAUAACAUGUGCUGUUCCUGAUUUGUCUACGAUUACAGAAAUGUCUAAGGAAAAUGAUAGUAGGAAGCCAUUUGGCUUGGAUAGCUUUUCCAGAGAUUCAAAUUCCCAAAACAUCUUUUUGUAGCAAACAAUAUGGUAAGGAAAUAUAAUAUGCAACAGUUGAAGUAUGGCAUAAAUCUGUGUACAUAAUACAUGUUAUUUUCCUCAACUAUACCUGUUAUAUAUAGUUUUAAUUUAUUAUAUGUUUAUGUGUAUGUUGAUUGUUGUAAUAAGUAACAUUUAUAGUAUGCAGAAUGAAGUUAUAAAAUAAUAGAAUAUAAAA